AUGCUGAAGGCCCAGCAGGUCGAUGUUUCUUUCCCCGGCCUCAGUAUGCCGAGCUUGCAACAGAACCAGCUGCCCGAGAACUACCAGCCCUCGCCAGAGGCCUUCGCCACUUCCUUCGGCCAGCUGCUUGAGGCGGUCAAAGCGCCGCGAGUCGCUGUGCUAAGCCUUCCCCCUUUGGGCGAGGCGGCAUCCGGAAAGGCGGCCGAGAUCAUCGCUUCGUACAACAGGCGGAUCCAAGACGCAGUGAAGAGGGACCCACGCGCACGGUACGUGCCCUUUGCAGAGCACCUCGAGGGCGUCAGCGGAGAAGGUUUCGACGCGUCGUCGGCCGCCUUCUCGCUGACCAUUGCGCAAAUGUAUCUCCACACUGGGCUGCGCUGGCUGCCCGGUGGCCCUAGCUUUGACGAGCUGGCGGGGCGCUGCGGCCGCCAGGUGGUGCACGACAAGAUCCAUCUAACAGAGAAGAGUACCGAAACUCUGCUGGAUCUGGUGGUGGAAGCCUUGGGCAGGGAUGGGCUGCGCCCGUGA